AUGCCUACCUAUUUUAUUGCCGGGGCCUCCAGAGGAAUUGGCCUUGAGCUUGCGAAGCAGCUCAGUGACGACCAGAAUAACACUGUGAUUGCUUCCUACCGUUCAUCUGCUCCUGAAUUGCUUGAACUGGCCAAGAAGUCAAACGUCAGUACCGUUGUGUUGGACGUUGAUGAUCAGUCUUCGAUCGAAAAGCUUCCAGAACAGCUGGGUGAUAUUGCUAUUGACGUUGCUAUCAUGAAUGCAGGUAUUGCCAGGUCUUUUUCACCUGUGGCCAACACUCCAAGGCACCAGUGGAUCGAUCACUUUGUCACCAAUGCAGUUGGACCAGCAAUGGUAUUUCAGCAAAUCCAGUCUCUUGUUGAGAAAGCACCUAGCCCAAAAGCUUACUUUGUGUCGACUGCUGCAGGCUCAAUUCAAACUUCUCUUCCGGUCUCUACUAGUGCUUAUGGGGCUUCGAAGGCAGCAUUGAAUUUCAUCGUUCGCAAACUCAGUGAGGAGGUUCCAAAGAUUACUUUUGUUGCUCUUCACCCCGGUAUGGUUGCAACAGACAUGGGUAUGUUUGCAGUGGAUAUACUGUCAGCAGGAAAUGAUGAGAUUAAAUCGAUGCUCGAAGGUGUUAGCAUUACACCCGAGCUCAGUGCUUCCCAGAUCAUUGCUGCUAUCAAUGCGCCUAUUAAGUCGGGUCGCUUCAUUAGAGUUGAUGAUCGAUUGGACAUUCCGUUCUGA